UGACUUUUCAUCGCCAUGGCAGCAGUGGUCAGCUACUCGCCACCUUGGUGGGUGAACCUGCUGCACAGACUUCCCCACUUCAACUUAAAGUUUCAGCAAACAAGCAGUGAUUUCCAACCAGAAGACUGGACAUAUCAGCAGUCCAUCUUGUUGCUGGGGGGUUUGGCGCUCGCCUGUUUGGUUCUGGACCUCCUGUUUCUCCUCUUCUACUCCAUUUGGCUUUGCUGCCGGCGCAGUAAAACCUCAGAGCAGCCCAACGCCGACUGCUGCUGCACGGCCUGGUGCGUCAUCAUCGCAACACUCGUGUGCAGUGCUGGCAUAGCUGUCGGUUUCUAUGGGAAUGGCGAGACUUGCGAUGGAGUGAAUCGACUGACGUAUUCCCUCCGCCACGCUAACCGCACAAUCACUGGAGUCCAAAAGCUGGUAUAUGAUAGUACGUCGUCGUUGAACCAGACAGUGGACAAGAAUCUGCAACAGCUUGAGGGCCAGUAUGCUCAGCAUGCAGACUACCUCUCCAUCAUCCAAAAGCUGCAGGGCCAACUGGAUGAGCUGGUCAGGCAGAUGGUCGAGAUUCCUUUCUGGGACAACAACCUAAUUUCUCUGGAAGAUUUGUCCACCAGCAUCGAACUGUAUGACUGGUAUAGGUGGUUGGGCUACAUCACGUUGCUGCUCUUCGACGUCCUCAUCUGCCUUCUCGUUCUGUUUGGUCUCAUUCGCAACUCAAAGGGAAUACUUAUAGCGGUGUGGUUGUUCGGUGUCAUAGCUCUUAUUAUCAGCUGGGUCUCCCUGGGGCUGGAACUGUCCGUUUCUGCGAGCUCGAGUGACUUCUGCUUUGCUCCUGAUACAUAUGUUACCACAGUAGUGGACCAAUAUAGGGUCAUCGAUAAAGAGAUCCUCCAGUACUACCUUAGCUGCAGUCCGGAGCAAACCAACCCCUUCCAGCAGAGGCUUUCAGGGAGCCAUAAAGCAUUAGUGGAGAUGCAGGACGACGUGUCUGAGCUGCUGCGCUCUGCCACCAGAGAAUACAAACAGACCAGGGGAAGUUUGGAAGAGAUUCAGGGCAUUCUGAACACCACUGAGAUCAGCCUUCAUCAGCUCACAGCGCUGGUGGACUGUCGCAGCCUGCACAUGGACUAUGUUCAGGGCAUGACGGGACUGUGCUACGACGGGCUGGAAGGCCUCAUCUACCUCUUGCUCUUCUCCUUCGUGACUGCGCUCAUGUUCAGCUCCAUCGUCUGCAGCGUGCCUCACACCUGGCGCGGCAAGCGGUGAGAUAUCCGCUGCCUUCGUGGAAAGCUCCACAAACAUGGCCGUCCAAAAGCUUUCAUGUCAAACUUGUACUCUGACUGUGGCAGCAGCUACGGGAGCGAGACGUCCAUUCCUCCCACAGCCCACACCGUCAGCAACGCUCCGGUCACAGAGUACAUGGCUCAGAACUCCAACUUCCAGAACUCUCGCUGUGAAAACACGCCACUGAUCGGACGCGAGUCUCCUCCUCCCUCUUACACCUCCAGCAUGCGGGCAAAGUACCUGGCCAACAGUCGACCCGAUCCCAACAGUCGACCCGAUCCCAACAGCCCUCCUGCUCAUUGAGUCUCUCCGCUCUCCACCAGUCUGCAGCGCUGCACAUCUCUGAAGUCUCUCCUCAACUGAUCAGUCCCGUUUCUUCUGCUUCCUGCUUGUUUUCUCUGUAUCAGUUUAUGUGAACCAAACAUGCUUUCUCCUGCUUGGCUGAAGAACAACCAGAGGACUUGCAUCAGAUUGCGAACUGUGAGUCAGAAGUACAGAUAUACACUCCAUUGUUCAUUGUUUAUCUUUGCAAGGRUCACUAAGGGUGCUGCAACCGAACUCCUGAGCUGAUCCAAUGGACUUGAACGAUUUUUUUUUUAGCUAUAAUUCAUGAUGAUAUCAAACAUGGCGGUUAAAGUACUGCAACAUACUCUGUGUUUACUCUGGAAUCUGUAGAUGUGGUCUUUCACACUCAGCUUAGAUCUACUUGUUCCAUUGCUUAGAUUAACUUUAGCUUGUUAAGACUCUACUGUUCUUGGAGCUUGAAUCGUACUGUACUUGUGGCACAUCCAACACACUUGGCUUAUAGUGGCAUUCUGUCUUAAAUCUGUUGUCUGGGACCAGUUUUCCUGUGGUAUUGCAUGUUUGACCACAGUCUUGUUUCUUUCUUCUUAUUGGUUGACUUAAAAAAAAAAAAAAACAAUUACAAUGAGCCCCGUUUUCACAGCAGUAGUUGCUCACUUGUGAAGCUCUGACCUGACACAUGUUUUAUUUGGUUGAAAGAAACUAACAAGUUGUAAUUUAUUUUUCCAGUAGAUGACUGUGAAAAAKAUAAGUGUGUGGUCGCUUUAAGGGUUUAAGAAUAAGUUUCAGUUCCCUGUAGCUUCUUGACUGCCUGUAAUGCUCUCUAUGGUUCAAACUGUUCACACACACACACACACACACAAUGCAGCAGUAGUCAUCCCAGUAGGAGUUUUGACUUGAUUAAAAAAUGGCUUUUUCUCUAGAGGUUUUUCUGGAGAAAUGUAAUGCAUUUGCAAUGCGGUGCCUCAAAUGUGUUUUAGCAUUUAUAUAACACUCAGAGAAAGUAGUGGGUGCUGUGAAAGGAUUGUGAAAUCUUCAACUUUCUGUGAAUAAAUAAAUAAAAAAUUGAAAUUCUUUUUAUGAAAAUAAUCUGUUGCAGCAUGACGAACCUUCAAAUGUGGAGUGAGUUGUUUUGCAUUUCAGCUGCCUCUGCUUGCUUCUUAAGAUGUGAUCUGUUGUAAGAAGUGAUGUUGAGACUGUGCCAACAACUUAAGCACAAAUCUUUUAGUAUCUCAGUAACUUUUUAGAUGUUUUUUUUUUUCAACCAACGGCUCCCGAGUGGCUGUGAAACAAAAAAUGAGCCUGAGUUUUUCAAAACAAUGUUUUUUUUUCCCUUUGAUAAUUCACUGAUGCAGUCUGGGUUUUUGUUUUCUUUUUUGUAGUAGUAGUAUUGAUCUUUUUGUAAUGUACAGGUAAAGAUGAUUACAAAACAUUUCCGACUCUGAAAUCUUUAUUUUUCUUUCUUUAGAAGGCCUGUGAUUCAUUUUAAGGCAUUCCUUUAUUUUACUUUUUAAAGAAUUAAUGUAAAUAUGAAUAGAUUUGUCUUUUUUUUUCUUCUUCUUUUGUGUAAUAGACCUGUUUUUUAUACAUAAUUUUGUAAUGUUCUUGUAAAGGCUGUGGUCAUGUUGAAGCUUGAAUGCUGUGUUUUGAAAUUAAAGGAACUUUUAACUGAA